AUGACUUCCGGGGUACAGCCAGUAACACCCCAGCAGCCUGUCUCGCAACACCAGCAGCAGCAACUACAACAACUACAACAACUACAACAACUACAACAACAGCAACAACAGCGAGCGAACGCCCCGAAUACCCCUAGCACCCCGGUUGCUUCCCCGAUACACUCCGCCGUCUCCCCGCCCAACAAGCGCGAUUUGAAGUCAUGGUGGAAAGGCUUCAAGCUUCCCUCGAAGCAUCACGAGUCACACGGUACAACCGCCCCAUCUACUAUACCUUUCCCAAGAUCACAGCCCCAAAGGAAAGCUACUAUAUUUGCCGAGGACAUGGAAGGCGACCUUAAGCACCUCCCAUCCGCUGUAUCUCUACUUCGGAGCAUCGUCUUCAAGGAAGAAGAGUGCGCCGUUCAUCAAGCAAGUGCGAGCAUGAACCGGCACCCGCCAACCGGAAGACCACCCAGGUCGAGGGCGCCCAAGUUGCGCGCCCUCUCCCGUAUCAUGGCCUGCCGAUUUGGGGGCCACUCCCGUGCCGUGCGCCGCAAGUCUUUUCCGGCUAGACCUAAACUAAUUGUCGCAGACCAACGCACGCACGGUAUCUUUGGUGUCCCUCUACGCCAGAGCAUCACCUACGCCAAUGUCGCCAUCUCGCUCGUCGACGAGGAUGGCAAGAGCUACAUCUACGGCUACGUCCCGAUCGUCGUCGCGAAAUGUGGCGUGUUUUUGAAAGAGAGGGCGACCGAAAUUGAGGGGAUCUUCCGCCUGAACGGUUCUGAGAAGCGGAUCAAAGAGCUUAAGACCAUUUUUGACUCGCCGGACAGGUACGGCAAGGGGCUGGUCUGGGACGGUUACACGGUUCACGAUGCCGCCAACGUCCUGCGCCGCUACCUCAACGACCUUCCCGAGCCGGUCGUCCCCCUAGAUCUCUACGAAAAGUUCCGGGAGCCGCUGAGCGGAGCGACGAGACCAGGGGCUGGCGACGCUGAAGGGCCCCAGUUCGUCGAGCAUUUCGAGAUGGACGCCGCCAUCAUCAGGUACCAGCAGCUCAUCACCGAGUUACCGCCGCUGAACCGCCAACUUCUGCUGUACAUUCUAGACUUGCUCGCCGUAUUUGCGGCCAAGUCGGACCAGAAUCGCAUGACGUCACAGAACCUCGCCGCCAUCUUCCAGCCCGGCAUGUUAUCCCAUCCGAACCACGCCAUGGCGCCAGAGGAGUACCGGCUGAAUCAAUGCGUCAUCAUCUUCCUGAUCGAGAACCAGGAUCACUUUCUCAUCGGGAUGCAAGGCACAGCGGCGGACGAGAAAACCGUUGAAGAGGUCCAGAAAGGCACGCCGGUGCUCAAACCGCCAUCGACGCCCGUUUCAAAGCCGAGCAUCGUACGGUCUACGUCUAGCGCGAGCGCUGGGGCCGAGAGCGUUGCCAAGGAUGGCUCGAUUCGAAGAAAUAAGUCGACUUCGUCAAGACGGUCAUUCCACUCCAACGGUUGCCCCAGCCCUGCCAGCCCGGCAUUGACCGCUACCCCAACAGGGGGAGGUCUGGCUCGGAGCAACACUCUGCCCUCCAAGAAAUCGCCAGCUCUGCAGGCGGGGAGGUUUGCCUCUCGGAACGACUCCCAUGUUGCACCCAUGACCCCCGUUGCACAGCCGGCGGGCACAGUGGUAUCGCCACCUGCUGUUGUGGAGGAAAUAGUGGUUCUUCGGGAAGGGGCGGCGCCAUCCAGCUCGCAGCCCGGCUUGACUAUCCCCGGUGCUAAGAGCCGGGAGAGGCUCCUUGAACCUCUUACCCCUGAGGCCACGACCCCGUCCAAAGACAAGAAACGGCCCAUCCUGUUCCAGAGGAUAGCAUCGAGCGAGAGCGACGGACGCCAGCCGAACAAACUGAGGAAGAAGAGGUUACCGGGCAGCGCAAACCCUAGCGCCCAUAGUUCGACGGCCUCGCUUCCCCAUUCAACCUCGGUUUCUCCCAACACCGAAGCGGUGAGCCCUCUGGAGGUAAUCCCGUCCGUUCCCCGGGCCGCAGGCGCCGGGGAACCCGUGGAGACCCAACAGCCCGAAACUUCCUCGGAACUAACACCAAGACCCUCGCACGCUGUGCCCGUCAACGCUCGGAGGGAUCAUCCGGGACACACCGAGCCGAGCAGUGCCGUUACGCAUUCCGAUCCUAGCAGUACUACUACGAGUGGCAAUCACACCGAUGCCUUGCAUUCUGGCCAUGCCCACGCCGACACGCUCCAUCCCAAUAGCGCUCAAGCGCCGUUGAAAUCCAGGAAAUCUCCUCCGACCUCACUACAUAGCUCUUUUAACGAAGGGUCGGAUCUCGACCAGGUCGAUGAGCUGGCAACGGCCCCUGCCGAGGUACCCAUCCCCGACACGCCUAGCGAGAAGGAGAAGAAGAAGCGAUGGCGUUUGUCGCGCAAGAAGGAGGAUGCGUCACCACCCUCUUUCCCCUCCUUCGCCUCUCCGCGCCCUGUGAUGGGGUCGAAUGCGACAGCGGGCGCCAGCGGCACGUCUAUCAGCAGCGGCGGGAAGCUCGGGCAGAGCUUGAUGGACAAGAGCAUGACGGACAUGUCGGACCGCACCACGAUCAAUGAGGCGCCGCUGGUCGAAGUGUCGAGCAAGGAGAGCAGAGACGACUCGCACAAGAUCUCAAACUGGAUCAAGAACAAGUACCGCGAGCACAAGGAGAACGUCGAGCACCGGCGGAACAAGUCCCCCCCUGCCGGGGAACGGACUGUCUCGAUUGGGUCCAGUUUGAUGUCGUCGCGGGGGAAGAGCCUGGACCUGAAGCGCGCCGAGGAGGAGAAGCCGCCGGUACCGCAGCCUGUACAAGCUGCGCCGCCCCAGUCUGCACCACUCCAGCCCUCGCAGCUUCAGAACGUGCUUCCCCAGCCUCAGCCCCAGACCCAACUCCCGAUCCAUACUCGGGUUCAGUCCCAGGUCCAGCCGCCGGUCCAACCUCAAGUCGAGUCUCAGAUUCAACCCCAGGCCCAACCCCAAGUCCCGCCUCAGAUCCAGCCUCAGGAUGCGUCUCCGAUCCAACCCGAUGUCCAACAUCAGGUCAGACCCCAGGCCCAAGUCCAGACCGCGCAGCCCGAGGCCCAGCCUCCGACGCAGGCUCAGCUCGAACCCAAGAACGAAGCCGAGGACCAACCCAAGGACCACGCCCAAGAUCAACACCAUGACCAGUCUCAACACCAAUUUGAAGUUCAGCCUCAGGCCCAGACUCCGGCGCCGGCGCAACCCCAAGAACCAAAGGCGCAAUGA